AUGAAAUUUUCCGCUAUUUCAACUGUGUUAGCCAUCGCUUCUGUGGCUUCAGCUGCCUACGUCAACCAAACCACUCUAUCUCCAAGUAACGCGAACUACAACAAUCAAUUGCUUCAGAGUCACGAUGAUACUACCACUGUUACUUUGUUGACCACUGUGACCAUCCACAACACCACCGAUAUCCACGGUCCUUACCGUACUGAUUACCCAGGUCUUCCAGGUGCCCCAGGUGCUCCAGGCGCUCCGGGUGCUCCAGGCGCUCCUCUAACCCCAGCUGGCAACCCUGGCGGAGACGAAAAACCAACUCCUGCAAACCCAGAUCCUAAGCCAACUGCUCCAGGUAGCGGUAGCCAUCCUGACAAGGACGGAAUUGUCCACCCAGAUAAAAAAUGUAAGCCAGAAACCGUGACUGUCACCAAGUAUGAAGUCACCAGGUACAUUACCGUUAAGUUUGGUGAGGAGACCCCAGCUCCAGAUGUCCCAAUCCUCGCUCAAACCCAACAACCUGUGUUCUACGGUAACAACACCAAGGUUUAA